CACAUCAGCCGCGCGCGCGAGAGACCGAGUGAAAAAAAAAACAGGAGCGCAGUUUGCACAGUGCCGGGACAGCAGCACGGACUGACCUCUCCUGAAUUCUUUUCUGCACCGAGCUCCACCCGUCCCCAAGUGGAAGGUUCACCGAUAACAAUCGUCUCAAGGAGGGCUUUCAAAAUCCCUCCCAUCUACGAACGUCCAACAGCCAGCAACAUUUCAGUUGAGGAAGGAGGUGUUCCUAACGUAUCAAAAUCAUGCAACCGUCAGCUGCGUCGGUCAUCUGUUACUCGUGGCGUGAGAUCGCGGCCACUGGGAGAUGCCACCUCGAUGAAGGUGGAGACGGUGCCUCUGCUAAGCCCGACGAUGGAGACCGAGCUCUUCAAGGAGCCCUGGGUAUUCCCGCGCGCAAAGGCGAAUCCUACGAAAGGAGAGGACGUCGCGCUUUCCGCCUGGGAGGAGCACUUUCAGGAUCUGAGCAGCUGGUGCAUGGACACGUUCCAGGGUCAAUGCGAUUUUCCUAUAGGUGAAUCGACCACGUUUGAACUAUCAGGUACGAAAUACGAGGGUAACGGCGUUUCGAUCGCGGAAGAGGAAGGGUUGUUGAAGGAUCUGACGAGAACGGCUGACGAUGAGAAGUUGAAUUUAAAAAUGGAUAUCGUUAAGACGACCAGAGCGUCGAGUGACAAUCGUCACUCGCUGCUAUCUCCGUUGGAGUUUGUUAACGAAUACGGAUUAAAAUAUAAGAAUGAGGAGAACAGCGCAGCGUCCAACACGUGGUUAACGUCACUCGAGUCUGCAGCUACCAAGAGCACCACCUCGUCGAGCAAACAGCAUGACGCGGACGUUGGCACGCCGCAAUCCAAGGAUCGCGAUUUCGCUGGCCCAACGUCGCUCGGCACCGCCGCCACGAAUCAGCGCGAAACGUGGGACGAGCUACGCACGAUCGAGACCACCGGAUCGGAUGCUUUCGACUUGCUGUCGUACCUUUGGGAGGAUGAAAUGCGAUCGAUUGAGGGCAGCGUGCCUACCGACGAUUCCUCGGCGGUGUUGAAAGUCAGACCGAUGGUCGCGGCGAUGCCGUCGCCAUCGGUGCUGUCAUUCGCCUCCGCGAAGGUGAAAACGGAGCUGGAGAUCGACGAACCGACGACGACGCUACCACCCUCGACGCGUCGAAGGGCGGAGACCCGCGCGACGUCCACAGUGACCGCCGCGUCCACGCGGGCGGCGAAGUCUCUCGUGGCGUCGCCACCCCGAAGAUCGGAGAGGACGCGGGUAGCGGCUAGUAAGGACAGGCAAAAGAAGGAAUCGGCUGUCGCCAGUACAAAGGCAAAGGUCAGGAGCGGAAGGAAGAGGUACUACGAGAGCGAGGAGGAGGAGGAGGAGGAGGAGGAGAACUCCGAGGAGGAGGAGGAGGAGGACGUCGUCCUCUCCCAGUACAGGGAGUGCCGCGAGAAGAACAACGAGGCGUCGCGGAGAUCGCGGAUGAACAAGAAGGCGAAGGAGUCGGAGAUGGUCAGGCGGGCGACCGAGCUGGAGAGGGACAACAAGAUACUGAAGAUGAAGGUCGAGGAGCUGGAGAAGCUGGUGACGUCGAUGCGCAACACGCUGUUACAAUCCGCUUUGAAGAAGGAAUUUUGAGUAUAAAGCGCGUUUAUCCGAUAAUCUAGACGUUUUCCUCACGAGACCCGUGUGUCGCGCGUAAUCAAAUUAACCAUCUAUUGUUACGUCUUUCCGUUAUUGUAUGUUCGUGCACGCGCCAUUUGUUGCGCGAUUGUCCUUUUACCGCGAAGGGGCUGCGUGAGCUUUUUUAAAAGUUCUCCACUUUCAAAGCCGAUUACUUUAUUUGCCUUAAUUAUCUUAAUGCAGGGAGGGGGGGGGAGGGGAAUUAAAAGCGUUCUCAAAGGCUUAUUAUUAUCGUUAUUUUGACGUUGUUUUAUCGAGACGAUUUUUUUUUUAUUGAUCCCGUCUCGGGUAUCUUACAUAUAGUGUUAUGCAAUUUUAACUGUCCCGAUUAAGCCGAUCGUGGACUAGCGAGAUAGAUUAAUUGUACGCUGCUGCAGUGCGUUUAAUAAUGUUUAAAAAAAAAAAUGCGGCGUUUGGCUUGCUACAUGUCGACACGCGCUGAAAUAUAUUAAUCAAAAGUUUAUUUUAUUAUAACGAAAGAAAGACAGAAAAAUAAAGCGUGAUAUAGAAACACCGAAA